AUGCAGAAGAUCCAGGAAUUCUUGGCGGGGGCGAAGGAGGAAUUCAACAAGAAGUGGGAACAGAAUCCGAUCUCGAAUGGAAAGGUAGAUGAUUUCGAUCGACUGAGAACCUUGGGAACUGGCUCGUUCGGCAGGGUGAUGCUUGUUCAGCACAGAACUUCAAAGAAUUAUUACGCCAUCAAAAUACUUGAUAAGCAGAAGAUUGUAAAAUUGAAGCAGGUUGAACACACGUUGAACGAGAAGAAGAUUUUAUACUGCUGCAACUUCCCAUUCCUCAUCUCUCUCAAGUUUUCAUUCAAGGACAACAGCUAUUUGUACUUGGUGCUCGAGUUUGUCGGGGGCGGUGAGAUGUUCAACCACCUGAGGAAGGCCAGGAAGUUCACUGAGAACCAGGUAAAGUUUUACGCAGCACAAGUUACAAUGGCAUUCGAGUACCUACAUUCACUUGACAUUCUCUAUCGAGACCUCAAACCUGAGAACCUGCUGCUCGAUACGAAUGGAUACGUCAAGGUGGCUGAUUUUGGAUUCGCAAAGAGGGUGAAAGGGCGAACGUGGACUCUUUGUGGCACUCCCGAAUAUCUGGCCCCUGAAAUAAUUCUCAGCAAGGGCUACAACAAGGCGGUUGAUUGGUGGGCACUGGGGGUCCUCAUCUACGAAAUGGCAGCUGGUUAUCCACCAUUUGCAGCUGACCAGCCGAUACAAAUCUAUGAGAAGAUCGUCUCAGGCAAGGUAAAGUACCCUGGACACUUCUCGUCAGAUACGAAAGACAUCAUCAAAAACCUCCUGCAACUUGACCUCACCAAAAGGUAUGGCAACAUGAAAAAUGGCAUACAAGACAUCAGAAACCACAAAUUUUUUGAGGAAAUUGACUGGCUUGCUGUCUUCCACAGAUCUGUGACUCCGAGUUUCAUUCCUCGCACGGAAGGGCCGGGAGACGACAGUCACUUUGAAGAGUACGACGAGGAACCGAUGCACAUGUCUGCCACGAACAAGUUCUCAAAGGAAUUUACAGACUUCUGA